GAAAAAAGGAAAAACAAAAAAAAACGUAAAACCAAGACAAUACAUAGGAAAAAAUAACUGAGAGAGAAAAAAAAAAAAAAAAACGUAAAAAAAAAAAAGGAGAAAAAUGGUGGCUACCACUACCGCUCCCACUAUCACUGCCUGCAGCUCAGAUAACAUUCAAGUUUCUGCAAAAACUAAUUAUCUGAAGGCAGAGUACUAUGAUCGAGCAAGCGAAGUGAAAGCUUUCGAUGAAACAAAAGCCGGUGUUAAAGGACUUGUUGAUGCAGGUGUUACUGAGAUCCCUCGUAUUUUUCAUCAUCCACAUAAUAAUGAAGAACAACAAUUCUAUGAGAGCUCUGUCCAUGAAGGUGGUGACACCCAGUUCAGCAUUCCAGUGAUAGACCUGAGAGGUGUUUCCGAUGAUUUAUUCCGACGAAAAGAGAUCGUGGAACGAGUACGGGAAGCAUCGGAGACAUGGGGAUUCUUUCAGAUUGUGAACCAUGGAAUUCCGACAAGUGUUAUGGAGGAGAUGAGAGAAGGGGUGCGUCGGUUUUAUGAACAAGACACUGAGGUGAAGAAACAGUUUUAUACAAGAGAUCCAUUGAGACCUGUGGUCUAUCAUAGCAACUUUGAUCUGUAUAAGGCUCCUUCAACAAAUUGGAGGGACACUUUUCUAUGUCCUGUGGCUCCUAAUACUCCUAAUCCACAAGAUUUGCCUGAGGUUUGCAGAGACAUACUUAUGGAGUACAAGAUGCAUGUGAUGAAACUGGGACUUCUACUGUUCGAGUUGCUAUCGGAGGCACUAGCGUUAAACCCGAAGCAUUUGAAUAAUAUGGGUUGUGCAGAAGGUCUUGGACUUCUGUGCCAUUACUAUCCUGCUUGUCCACAGCCAGAAUUGACAUUUGGAGCAAGCAAACAUGGUGAUAAGGACUUCCUCACAGUGCUGCAACAAGAUCGUAUUGGUGGUCUCCAAGUUCUAUAUAACAACCAUUGGAUUGACAUACCCUAUAAGCCCGGUGUUCUAGUCGUUAACAUUGGAGAUCUUCUCCAGUUAAUAACAAAUGAUAGAUUCAAAAGUAGCAAUCACCGAGUAUUGGCAAACCUUAUAGGUCCAAGAAUAUCCAUUGCAAGCUUUUUUUGCACAGGAAUGUUACCAACGACAAAGCUCUAUGGACCUAUUAAGGACUUAUUAUCAGAAGAAAAUCCUCCAAAGUACAGGGAAACAACAGUGAGAGACUAUGUCGCAUAUUACAACAAAGGCCUCAAUGGAACUUCUGCUUUGACUUAUUUCAAGAUUUGAAUAACUUGGCUCAGCAAAGAUAUGAAGAAGGGGUCAGUGCAAUCAAUAGUUUCUAGCUAGUGACAAUAAUUUCACAAAUGUUAAGGUUGUUUGUAUUUGUAUGUGUGUUUUAGAGGGAAAAAAAGAAAAAAAAAAAAAGAAGAACGGUUGUUUAUGUGUGUCAUAUGGGGACAAUUAUGCUAAAGCUACUGUUUGCCAGGACAAUAAUUCUAAGCUUGAAUCUUAUUUGGCUCAGUGAAGAAGACAUGAAGGGUUGAUCCUUUAAAAUAAUC